GACGGGUUCGAGCGUGAGGUGUACCUCGUAAAUGGUCAACAGCCAGGACCUUUGAUUGACGUCGAUGAGGGGGAUGAUGUCGAGAUUUUCGUCCAGAAUGAUUUGGAUGUUGAAUCCACGAUCCACUGGCAUGGACUUCUGCAGCGAGGAACUCCGCAGAUGGACGGCGUACCAGGUGUCACUCAGGACCCUAUUCCUCCAGGGGGCAACUUUACCUACCGCUUUUCGACCGCGUCCGAGUACGGGUUCUUCUGGUACCAUUCCCACUUCCGUGCCUACUAUAACGACGCCAUUCGCGGCCCGCUUCUCAUCCGACCGGCACCGUCGCGUCGACGCCCGUUCGCGUUAUUGGCUCAAAACAGCGAUCAGGUCGCUACCCUGUUAGAUGCCGAGCGAGACGCGACAAAUAUCCUCCUAAAUGACUGGACACACGAACUCUCCGAUGUCGUAUUUGCACGAUAUUUGGAGACCGGCGCUUUCCCGUCUUGUGUCGACACUGUUUUGGCUAACGGCAUGGGGAGGGUGCUUUGCCUGCCCCAGAGGAUGCCGGGUAUGCCAGGAAUGCCAGGAAUGGACUCUCUAGGCCCCCGUGGCUGUAUACCGCCUAUGAUGUUCAAGCCGGGUUUCAACAUCUCCUCUCUGCCGCCAGAGACCUGCACCAACACGACCUCGUCGUUGUUGACCAUUCCUGCUGAUCAAUCGAGAGGCUGGCUGGCACUCAACUUGGUCAAUUCUGGUGCGGUCAGCGCGUUGAGGGUUUCAUUAGAUGCACAUAUAAUGUUCGUCUACGCUGCGGACGGUCUUUAUGUCAAGCUGCAAGAGGUGAAGGUGCUUCACAUGGAACUUGGGCAGCGGUAUUCCGUCAUGAUUCGACUUGAUCAAGUCCCUGGGAAUUACUAUCUCAGGUUCUCCACUUUCCCCAGCGGCGACAUGCAGCAGGUCUUAGAAGGCCAAGCGAUUGUAACAUACUCUGGCAGCAAUUCCACGAUGGACGUCAUGGAAGAUCCAGCAAUGACUUGGACUUACGUCAACGGAUCAGCCAAAGCAGACGAUUCCGUGCUUCGCUCUCAGGCGCUCUCUCCAUUCGAAGAUAAUUACUCCCCGCCAGCUGGCCCGGCAGACCAGACCAUCUCGCUCGCUAUCAGCCAGACCGAUAUCGUUACAUGGAUGGUCGCUCCAGCACCUUUCACGGAGCCGAAAGUCCCCAUCAUCUAUGGAGAUGUCUCCGACGGUUGGGAGUCAAACACGACCAUGCACCUGCCCCUUAACUCCACAAUAGACAUCGUCAUGAGAAUUUCAAACCAGUCAAUGGAUAUGAUGGGUCAUCCAAUGCAUCUCCACGGCCACAAAUUCUGGGUUCUGGGAUCAGGUGUUGGAUCCUUCCCGUUCGCAUCUGUCACGGAUGCGCCACAGGCCCUCAUUAACCUUCAGGAUCCUCCCUACCGCGACACGACGAGUCUGCCCUCACAAGGCUGGGCCGUAAUCCGAUACGUCACCGACAAUCCCGGCGCAUGGAUGUUCCAUUGCCACCUUCAGUGGCACAUCGUCGUCGGCAUGGCGAUGGUCCUUGUGGAGGGUGGAGACCAGCUUCCAUCUCUGGUAGGAGAGUACAAUAUAACGACUGAUGGAAGCGGCGCGUCGGCGUUGAGGGGGACUAGUUGUCGGCUUGUUGUAAUGGUUGCUGUCAUCGUUGGCUUCAUUAUGCCGUGGUACUAGUUGUUACUCUAUCUGUAGAGCCUCUUAGUCAUUGUAGCCCGGAUGGGUACCAAGUCAGGCCCACUUCAGGAACGCGA